UUCUGGAGAUUGUUGGUCAGUGGACAAGUCUGCAACCCGCACCAUGGAUACCCAGAGCAGAGAAUCCGAGCAGGGAUCGUCGCGAAAGAGGAAAAGGCGUUCCAACAGUUCUAAAAGGAGCAGCCUGUCCUCCAACGCCACGUCCUCCUCAUUCUACUCUGACUUUGACACCCGCAUUGACGUCGUCCUGGCUCUGACCCUCUUCGCCACAGCUAUCGGGAUCAUUCAGCUUCUUCCACGAUACUGAUCUCAUCUCCGUAUAAAAAAAAAACCUGUAUUGAUACCUUUGCUGAAGGAAAAAUAUAACUCAGGAUCAGUUUGUACUAAAUCCAAGUUUUUGAAAGUCAGAACUCCUGUUUUGUUAUCUUAUCCCUUCCAAAAAUACAACAAAAUCACCACCAACUGCAAUUUCAAUGCUUUAAGAUGGCUCAAAAACAAGUCCCAGUUGUUGUUUUUUUGUAUGACUGUCAUAAAUAUCGGAAAAGAAGGCUGUGUCAAAACGAGACUAGAUAUGCCUUGAACAAUCUACUCAAGAACUUCGGGGACGAAUCAGGAAAUGCCAAAAUCACACACACACGUAGCUAUUGUACUCAUUGGUGCACCCAUUAAACUCAACGAUUAACCAAACCCAAA